UUUUGAGCCAACAAGCGCCACCCAUUGACACAAAGGUGUAAUGACAGCAUAUUUAGCCAGCAGCAUUCGCUACCCAAUGCGUUAUAUUAUCGCAGCGCUCCUUCGCUGUCGUUGGAUAUGGCGGCGCUGAUCAGAGGACUGAGAGCUGGGAAGGCCUUACGGGGUCUCGCUAGCGUUGCCGUUCAAGCCAAACUCAGCUCGCAGUGCAAUCGUGUGAGACGUGGAAUCCAUCGUGCAGCAGUGCUGAGACUGGCAGAUGACUUUAAAAGUAAUUCUGUAUCACCUCCAUCCUACCAUGAGGUCCACACAGCUGGAGAGAGUUCAUCCUCUUCAACACAGGGAGACUUCUCUAACACGGCUGCUGGCAAGGAAUACGGCCAGCCAAACACCAGUUAUCAGGAUCAGAGCGGUGAGCAUGACGAAGACUACGAAACGGAAGAACAGCUCCAAGCUCGCAUACUGACGGCAUCGCUGGAGUUUGUUCCGCUGCACGGCUGGUCUGUGGAGGCCAUUGCAGCCGGAGCAGAGACACUUAGCCUGUCAGCAGCAUCCACUGGGAUGUUCAACAAUGGGGCAGGAGACUUGGUUUUGCAUUUUAUUGCAGAGUGCAAUAGUCAACUCGCAGCGACACUCGCAGAACAGCAGAACCAGAUCCAACUCGGCCAGGCUGAGCCAAAGAAAACAGCAGAGUUUCUGAGAGAUGCAGUUGAUCUGAGAUUACGGAUGUUGAUACCAUACAUCGACACAUGGCCUCAGGCCAUGAGCAUCCUGCUACUGCCCCACAACAUCCCCGACAGCCUGAAGCACCUGUCCACGAUGGUGGAUGACAUCUGGUACUACGCAGGCGAUCGCUCAACAGACAUGAACUGGUACACCCGGCGGGCGGCACUAACUGGCAUCUACAACACCACCGAGCUAGUGAUGGUGCAAGACUCGUCUCCUGACUUUGAGGAGACCUGGGCCUUCCUCGACAAUCGUAUAAAAGAUGUAGUCAACAUGGCCAACACAGCUAAACAGGUCCAAGCCACAGGAGAAGCAGUGGUCCAAGGACUCAUGGGUGCUGCAAUUACACUGAAGAACCUAACAGGGAUGAACCAGAGACGAUGAGUCUAUCUCUGCAGGCGCUUCUGUCAUCCUUUCGUCUCCGUUUCUACACACAGACACCUCGGGCCUGCAGCACAAAUGUCUGACACCUCAUUGAACAGCUUUAGAUUAACAAAGCAAAAUGAAAUAAUCACAGUGACUGCAGUGGUUUGUUCUCAUACAGGCACUGGUCUUUCAUCACACCCUAAGGACUUUUAAGUGGGCCACGUGCCAUACAUGCAUCAGUUUGCCAACCAGAGUACAGUGAGGAUUCAGACUUUUUUUUUCUUUGUCUGCAGUCAUUUUCUCUCUCUCUCUCUCUGUAAAAAGAAAAAUAAAUACAAAUGUACAUUGUA